AAACUUGCGCCCGCCAUUGUGGUAGCCAUUUGACAAUCAGCUGAUUUGCCGGCACUGUUUUUUAACCUUCUUCAAAGCAUAUUUUGAUAAAUUCUUUUUGUUAAAAUCGACGACUUCAGUAAACAAUGUUGACACAAACUGCACGUUCGUUAAUUUCCCCAAUCCGCAUGGCUUUGGCACAUGCAGCACGUUGUGCCGCAACAGAGGCUCCGCAGCGCGUAGAAAAAACUGUUAACAAUGUCACCAUUCUCGGCCGAGUUGGCGCUGAUCCGCAAAUGCGGGGUUCCGUAGAGCACCCGGUUGUAAUGUUUUCUGUGGCGACGCAUGCUAAUUACAGGUACGAAAAUGGUGAUUGGGCACAACGUACCGAAUGGCAUCGCGUAGUGGUUUUCAAACCAGCUUUACGUGAUACCGUCAUGCAGCAUCUGAAAAAAGGUCAACGUACAAUGGUUCAAGGAAAAAUCACCUAUGGUGAAAUUACCGACCAGUCAGGCAAUCAAAAGACUACCACUAGCAUAAUAGCUGAUGAUGUAAUUUUCUUCCGAACUGAGGCGUGAUUAUAUUUUUGUGUAGAUAAGUUACAUAUUUUUAAGCGUUUCAUACACUAUUCUUAUGUAACUAUAACACAUUCUAAGCUUAAUUUUGUAAAGUUUUAAUAACUAAAUAAUUUCAAUUAGUAUAUAGGAAUCACCGCAAUUAACCAUUUUCUCGACACUUUGUUGUGAGAAGUAAUUGAUUUACUACAUUCAUUUUUAAAAUUCAGUUAUUUUAAUUAUCACAGAAAAUUCAUUAUUUGUUAAGUUCGAAAGUGAAUUGAAAUUUGCAAAUUACCGAAAAUGUGUAUCCAAUAUACAUACUUAUGUACAAAAAAAUUUGUUAUGCACUUGAAAGGAUUAUAUUCGAAUUUUAAACUCGCAUAUUGCUGAGGCACCCACCAAUUGCCUUGCUAAAGUUCAGCGGCGCAGAUUGUUAUCGGUUCUGUCGUCAGGCGGCAAGAUGUCCUGCAAAUUAAAAUACAUUUGUAAUACAUCUAGUGAGCAUUUAAAACGAUAUUAGAAUUAAUUGUGCUAGACCAGUUGCGAUACAAUAUUAAAAUUCUUACUAAA